AUGAAGAAUUUACGAUUGAUAAAUGAUAACAAUAGACCCGGUGGACAAUCCGUGCCCACACAAGUGCAACCCUUGGGUAAUGCCCAAUUCCGUGCGGAGUUCGUACCUCGAGUUGUUGGGGAACACAGAAUCAACGUCACCGUCGGCGGCGUCGCCACCGCCGGCAGCCCGUAUUCUGCUAAGGUCUACGAUGUGUCCGCCAUUAAAGUGAAAGAGGCCGCCACGGGCGUGGUCGGCAAACCGGUCACAUUCUUAGUGGAGACAAGUCAGGCGGGUCCAGGAAACUUAGAAGUAACGGUGAAUGGCGGCCGGGUGCCCACUUCUGCUCAGGCUCAAGGUCCUCACACCUACGCCAUCUCGUUCACCCCACGUGAGGCAACUGCUCAUUCGGUUGAUCUUCGGUUCAACGGGCAGGACGUACCUGGAAGUCCUUUCAAAUGUGUGGUUAGUCCUGCUGCGAGGAUAGUGGCACCUGAAGCAAUGGAUAAGGUAUCUGUGGGAAGACCAUGUGUUUUUGUUGUGGAGAGUCCCAAUCCUCCUGUUGUGGAAGUGUUGGGACCAGCAAGAAGAUCAUUACCAACUCAGAUCACUCCCCAAGCAGGAUCCCCUGGUAAAUUUGACAUUUCCUUCACCCCUAUGGAUGUGGGAGAUCACAGUGUAGAGGUACGUCUCCCCCGGGGCCAUAUAGAAGGUUCUCCAUUUUUGGUCAAAGCAUACGAUGCGAAUAGAGUCAGUGUUACGGAUAUAAACGAUGGGAUUGUUGGUAAACCAGUCUCCUUCAGUAUAAACGCAUCACAAGCAGGUGCGGGUAACCUAGAAAUCAUCGUGGCUGUUGGUGGACGUAACGUACCCAACUUUGUACAAUCCGAGGGCAAUGCCAGGUUCAAAGUUAAUUUUAAACCUACUGAAGCUGCUGUGCAUACUUUAAGUGUCCGAUUCAAUGGUCAAGCUGUCCCUGGUUCUCCAUUUAGUUGCAAAGUCAGUCCUGGUAAUACCCAACCAAGGGUACCUGUUUCCGGUAAUGGGAUUGAACUCGCCGCGGUUGGGCACUCUGCAGAGGUUAAAAUAGAAGGAACACAUUCAUCGGAACCUCAAGUUAUCAUCACAGCCCCAACUGGGAAGAUUCUCUUAUCCAAGAUUACAGUUAAUGGUGACACAAACAUUGCAAGAUUCACACCGGAAAUGGUUGGUAGACACUCGGUAGCCAUUUUGAUUAAUGACCAACAUGUGAUUGGUUCUCCUUUCAAUUGCAAUGUUUAUGAUGUGAACAAAGUAAUCGUUUCCGGUUUACCUGGUAAAAAGAGUGACAUCACAAGGACAUUAUCUGAAUUGUCCUUAAACCACAUUGGACCUGCUGAAGUGGGUAAACCAGUUACUUUCAGUGUGGAUGCAGCGCAGGCUGGUGAAGGUACUCUGGAACUUGUAGUAUCCACACAACAUACCACCAUCAAAGCGGAAGUAGUCGCUUGUGCUAGAGGAUUGUAUGAUGUGACUUUUGUCCCGCAAACAAGCGAUGACCAUUUUGUAAACAUCACAUUUAACGAUAUGAACGUCAUUGGAAGUCCCUUCCAUUGCACUGUCAUUGAAUCCACUCAAUAUUUACAAGUUGGAUCAACGAAUUAUUUCGACAUACCACCAGAACAUCGUCUGGAGAUCACUGAUGGGAAUAAUCACGCUGUUAAAUAUACUACAAACAACGGCAAAGCAGAGUUUCUUGUCAAUCAAACCGGAACAUAUCAAUUGCAUCUGCUGAAGAAUAACAACAUUGUAAGUUCAAGGACUUUGCACAUCUUUGAUAUGAACAAAGUGGAUAUUAUCAACGCCCCGGAAGCAGUCUGUCAUCGUCCCGCUGUUGUGGGUAUCAGUGUAAACAAAGUAGGACCUGGUAAACUUUCAGCAGCGGUUAAAGUGGGUUCCAAGGAGAUUCCACACAGCGUGAGGCAAAGUGCUAACAAUCCUAACCUCUGGGAGGUUGUUUUCCAUCCGGUUCAUGCUGCCCCACACAAAGUUCAGUUGUUUUAUAAUGGCGUACCGAAAAAUCCACCUAUUGAUAUUCCUGUAAAAUCACCGGGAAUGGAACCCUGGGCAGGUGGUAUUGGUCUCUAUCAAGCCCGAGUUGGAAAAGUAACUUCCUUCCAUAUAGACACCCUUGGACGAUCAGCACGUGAAUUCGACGUUGUUGUAAGUGGUCCCACAGGUUCCGCAGUUCCCGUGAGAUGUUAUCAAACAAAAACCGGUAAACUACAAGCUGAAUUCACCGCAAGAGAUGUGGGCCCUCAUACUGUAGAAGUCCUACAUCAAGCUAAAGCCGUCCAAGGCAGUCCCUUCACUUGUGAAGCCCACGAUGCAGAUUGUGUACGUAUUAUGGAUAUUCCAAGCACCCAAGGAAAUGUCGGUGAAAGAAUAGCAUUCAGUGUUAAUACGAAGAAUGCGGGUUCUGCUGAUUUGGAAGUAAUAGCCACGAAUCCCAUCCAACAACAGGUGCAAGUACAACACACGAUUGUAUCCGAUGAUUUGGUCCAAGUGUCAUUUUUACCGAGUAUGGCUGGGUUGUAUCAGGUUACUGUAACCUACGGAGGUGUUCCGGUGAAGAACUCUCCGUUGGCGUUGGGUGUUGGUGCCAUUGGGCCUACGCCUCCUCCGAGGGCUGUAGGAAAAGGUUUGGAGAGUGCGGUGGUUGGUGAGAGGACUAGUUUUACUGUCAGCAGUGCAGUCCAACCUAGAGUUCAAGUGGAGUCUAUUGACGGGAUUAUUGAUGCACAUAUACAAUGCCCCAAAGCGGGAGAGUUUAUUGUUUCGUAUACCCCGAAAUGGGUUGGUGUGUAUGAUAUAAUCAUCUCUAUAGGACCUAAUGAUUUGCCUGGAUCUCCAUUUAGACCAGUGGUUGUAGAUCCCAGCGCAGUUCGUCUCAUCGGGGUUGGACCCAGUAUUUGGAUGAUAUUGAGAAUUAAACUACCAGCAAAAUUAGUCUUCGACACGUCUAACGCAGGUCCUGGUAAUUUAGAGUGUAAAAUCUCAGGAAGAAAGAUCAGCCCGGAUAAAAACGGCAACAGAUUUAAAUUUGAACUUUCCACUGAGGGUCUCACCGCUGGCGAAUCUGAUUUUGAGAUGAGAUUUGCUAAUCUUAGACUUCCGGAAACCCCAAAUACAGCCAUCGCUUUAGGGGCUCAAGUUGUCCUCAACGGAAAAGGUCUAAGUCAAGCACAAUGUGGAGAACCUUCAGUUUUCACCAUUGAUGGUAGCAAAGCAACAUCCGGUAACCCCGAGGUUACACUCCACGCUGUAGAUACAAAUGUGCCUAUUCCCGUAAUGCUCUCCCUAACAGGAGACAAAAUCUGGCGCGCUACGUAUACAAUCAACACUCCUGGCAACUAUCUGCUAAGUGUACUAUGGGCAGGUCGUCCUGUAAAAGGUUGCCCACUCAUGGUGGAAGCCAAAGGAGGUGCAGAUGCCUCCAAAGUACUUUGUUCAGGUGAAGGGCUACGACAAGGAGUUGUGGGACGUGAAAUACGUUCCUGGAUUGAUACAAGACGUGCAGGACCCGGGGAAUUGACUGCACAUUGCACAGGACCUCAUAAAGUCGCAUACUGCGAAUUGUACGAUCACGGAGAUGCUACAUUCACCUUAAACGUCAAACCACAAGAAUCUGGUCGUCAUGCAUUAACAAUUAAAUACGCAGGUCAACAUGUGUCUGGUUCUCCAUUCACCCUAAAGGUAGCAGGUGCUCCAGAUGCAAGUAAAGUACGAGUUUACGGUCCAGGUGUAGAACAUGGCGUCCUCGCAACGUUCCAAUCGCGAUUUAUCUGCGAUACUCGCGGGGCAGGGGCAGGUCAACUUACAGUUAGAGUACGUGGUCCAAAGGGGGCGUUUAGAGUCGAAAUGCAACGUGAGAGUCAAAAAGAUAGAACUAUUCUAUGCAAGUACGAUCCAACGGAGCCUGGUGAUUAUCGUGUUGAAGUGAAGUGGGCUAAUGAAUUAGUGCCAGGAUCGCCCUUCCACGUGAUGAUCUUCGAUACACAGGAAGAACUGCGCAGGUAUAUCAACACUAUGUAGUUGAAAAUCGAGAAAACUGUAAAAAUGAACAAAUCUCUCAAUAUGAAUAUAAGAAAACAAAAAUGCAUCCAAGGGUGGCAGGGUUCAAUCAUAAAACAUUACAAAUAAAACAAAAAAUGAAUGAGAAACAGGCUUGUUGAGACAAAGGUUGAAAUUUUUAUACAAAGAGCUAUUUAUUGUUUUAUUUACUUGUUGCAUAUAUAAACAUUAUAUAUUUUUAACAUUUAACACCUGUUUUUAACGAAUAAACAUUUUUAAAAUA